AUGCCGCCCCAUACGGAAUGGGGUGCGACUGCAACUGACGAGUACGAAGUGGCUGACUACCUUUCGACCUUCAAGCUAGACUCGGACAAGGUCGUGGAGAUUGAUUCCUGGCUCAUCACCUCCAUUUUCCAGCAACAAAAACGAAAAAAAGCUUCUCGAACUCAUCACGUUCAGCAGCUCCACCCAGACGCUGCAUUCAAAUUGGACUCUGCGACCGCCAAAGGGUUACAAACCAUUUUCGAGAAGAACAAGGGGACGCUUGUGCACUGCAACUUUCAGAAUGCCAUCGAUUUUGGGAAGACAAUGCACAAAGAAAUCAAGGCUGCAUACCCAGAAUUGGUUGCUAGCCGGGCGCAUGCCUUGGUUAUCACCUGGUGUCUGGCUAGGUGUUCAAUCGCCUACGGCUACAUCGUCAGCAAUCCAGAGUCGGGAGUGCGGUUAAGGGUAAGGUUGUUUGCGGGCGGCAACGAGCGUGGUUUUUCCAUCACGUCUACAAGGGAUUUGGUUCAGCAUGAAGUGCUCUACUCACUCAUGGGUUUGAUGCCCGACGAUGCAAAGGCGGAACACUCUCGGCUGUCUGAAAUUGAACCGCACCCCUCCCAACUCCACAACAAAGCAAAUGCUGAAAAGCCGCGCAUUCUUAUAGGACCGAUCAGAUUCAUCAACCACGCGUGUCGUUCUUACAACGCCGAAUACGUCGCCGUCAAAUCAAAGUUGGCGUUUGUCGUUCAAACCACAAAAGCAAUCAAAUCUGGGGAAGAAAUUUUCGUCAAUUAUGGAGACACGUAUUUCGAGGAUCUGCCUGGGGGUCGGUGUCCUUGUAGAGACUGCGUUGGGGAGGGCUCUCGGGAGGCUAAAUCGAAGAUUGAGAGCGAAGAUUCGGAGGGUGGGUCAAAACAGGAAGCAUAUAAAGCAAGGCGGAAAAGAAAGAAGUUGAGGGCUACAGUAGGGGGAAAGGAAGACAUUGGUGCCAGUCAUUAGUUUAGAAACGCAAUGUCAUUGUGAAGGAUGCUC